UUUCCUGCGUUGUUUUGUUUUUCCUUCUUAUUCUGUUUGGCUGCCGAGAAAAAUACACCGAAAGAGAAAGUGAAGGAAAAGAGGCUGCUAAAACAUUUGUUGCAUGUUUUUCGAAGCGUAGAGUUUUAUCAAUUAAUUGACUAGUUUAGUACCUGAAAUGAGUGGCUCGGGGAGACAAAAGAAAGGCAAGCGAAAACCGCACUUGAACAAACCCAGCAACAAAAGUGGCUCACCGAGUGUUGAACAUUGUCCUGAAUUAACUCCAGGGCAUUGUGAUUCUGAUACUGGUCCUGAGUUGUGUGGUACGCAAAAUACUAUGGGUAUGCAUGCUAAUUUGAAACCCACUCAAAGUUCAAGUCCUUUUGUAAACAAUCCAAUGUAUUGUAGUGAAGAGGAAUUGGAAAACAUGCUCCUAAACAAACUUGAAAUUAUUUACAAGCAGGCAAUCGCCAAAUUGAUGUCGUUUGGUUAUCCUCGUGAUGUUGUAUGGAAUGCCAUCUUGACAUGUGGAUAUGUGUUUGGUGAUGAGGAUAUACUGACAAAUAUUGUGCAGAAUUCGGUUGAGUAUAUCAAAACUAAAAAAAGUAAGCGCAAUGAAACUCACAAGGAUCGUCCACGAGUUGCUGAAAAUCUAAGGCCGUCAGUUAAAAGUUCACUAGCGGUUAUGAUAUUUACACUUUGCCAAGCUCAGCCAAACUUGAAAAAAAUUGAAGCUAUGAGGUGUCUCCUGAUGACCAAUUUUGACUUGGGCUUUUCCAGCAUUCUGACGGUCAUGGGCAAGCCAACUGAUGGUAAAUUUAAGGUGGAUUUAUCCAAAAGGGCAUCAUCUUCUGGGGUUUGUACAGUACAUGGAGACCAGGAAUUUGCUGAUUGUGAGAAUUCCGUUUCUGGAAACAAGAGGCUCGUAGAGGAAUUUGAAAAGUUUUUGGGUAAAAGUCGUAUUAGGGUGAUGGGUUCCAAUCUAACACCAUCUCAGCAAGCAAGGUUGAAGAAGAGCGUUGCAAAUCUUGCUGUUGCUUUCCAAGCUGAACUGAAGGAAUCUUCUGAGGGAAUACAAGCUGAAAAGAACUUCUUUCUGGGAAAAAUGUCAACUAAACAGUUUGAGUGGGAGGACUCUUGCAUGGACAACCUAAUGUUGGAUGCCAUUGAAAAGUCAGUCUCUGACGAGGAGUCAAAACCUAAUUGUGUUGAUAAAAGAAGUAACAUGAUAUCAAUGUUGGUCCACGAUAUCAAAGAGGCAAAAAAGGAAGUGGAAGAGCGGAAGGAAUGGGCUAAAAAGAAAGUGGUGGAAGCUGCUAAGAAGCUCAGCCAUGACCUUUUAGAGCUGAAAGCCUUGAGAAUGCAGAAGAGAAAACAGAAGUGCGAGUCUGAGUGUGACAUGAUAGAACAAGAGGAAAGGAUGAUGCUUCGGCUCAUGGAGCUGGAGAAUGCCAUGGAUCAGACUACUUGUCAAUAUGAUAUGCUGAAUAAAGCUUCCUAUGAUAUGGAGAAUGUCAAUGCAGAGAUAAGGGCGGAAAUUGAGGCAUACAAGUUGAGAACUUCUGAGACAGAUGAAAAGAUUGCUAAAGUUGCAAGUAAAGAAAAGAAGUCCGUAAAGAAGGCGAUAUCUUUAGAGAAACACAAUAGUAGAUUAUUGGAAGAGAUUGAGCAGGAGAGAAAGAAGUCUCUGCAGCUACAACAACAAAUGGCCGACCUCCAAGCAGCGCAAGAGCAAAUAGAGGUGAUAUGGAGACAAGAAGUUAAGGCUAAAGAACUAGCUUUAAACCAGUUGCAAGAAGAAUGGAAACUAAAGGAAGAAACUGACGUCAGAAUAAAAAGAAGGCAUCAGGCACUUCACCAAAAGAUGGAGACCGAACGUCUGAAAUAUAAAGAUGAAAUACGACAACUCGAGCAAGAAAUAGCCCAGCUUCAGAUGUCUUCAGGAGCUAGUAAUGAUCUAUAUCACCUCCCAGAUUACUUGUUCUCAUGGGAUUCGGAAGUCUUGGAAAUCAAUGCACGCACCUUCCAGAAUCAAUUUCGUGGUUCAAGUGAGCAAACGGGUUUUUCUGAAAAUGAAGUAAUUUAUGAUCGAAUGUGCAUGAUCUGUAUGGAGAAAGAAGUUUCUGUUCUCUUACUGCCAUGUGCGCAUCAAGUUAUUUGUGCUAGUUGCAGUAGUGAUUACUAUUACCAAUUGGAAGCUAGGUGUCCAUGUUGCGAGGGGCCGAUUGAUGAGAGAAUCCAUGUAUAUGGAGGGAGAUCCUAAAUUCUGAUUAAGAUCUUCAACUGGUCUCACAAAUGAAGCCUUUGUCGAGGAAUCACCGGGGUUCGAUGUCGAUCAAUUGCCCUACACCAGACUUCUCAACAUGACAUGCUGGAACCAGAUAAUCAAUGAUUACUAACCAAAAAAAAUAGAAACACACAUUUCUCGGGUAUUUCCAAGGUCUAGGUGCAUUAUCUCCUAUCUUUUGAAUAUAUUCCAACCUCUAUACAUGUAUUACUUCUCUUGCCCGUAAAGUUCAACAGUGACUGCAACUAGAAAGAUCUUACCGUUUCUUUUGGUAUCUUUUCUUCCCAGAAGUACAUGUAUUAGUUAUAUGCGAUAGUUGAGGAAGAAGUUUAUCCAUUACAACUUACAGGGCCGCACAAUUGUUCUAAAGAACAAUCUGAAUUUUCGCGACUAUAGUUGCGUUCAAUAUU